AUGCGACCGCGCAUCCUGGUGUGCCGCUCUUGGCUGAGCAAUCCGAGGCUCGCUAUUGAACAGAGGGGCACAGCUUUUCGAUUCCAUCGACGAUUAGCUCAACGCCAAUGGGCCACGACAAACUCGCCAUCCCGACCGACUCUUGCCUUCCUCACAACACCCACGGCCAAUCGCGAUGCUUGCCGCCGUACAUACGCAUCCGGACGACGCAGACAAUGGCUCAUCCACGAGGCUAAGCUUUUCGUCCGCUAUGCCACCAUCUGCGUAAUCGGCUCCCUGGCCUUCUUCACAAUAUACUACUUCAUCCUCGAGGAGAGGGUCGAGCGCGACUAUCCUACUCCCCCCGAGUGGCCCUGGAGGCUCAGGAAGCAAUUGAGAGAUGCACACAAAUGGACAGAUCCAAACCACAGGCCGGCGGUCAACUGGGUCAAGACAUUCGAGCUGGCGAGAAAUGUGUGUUUGAGUUUUGAGGACGUGAAGCGAGACGGCCACAAGAUCCCCAGACUCUCCGAGCAGGAGGAACCCGGUGCUGAGGUUCCAUGGGAGUUCAUCGCCCAUGACAUCUCCGGGAUGAGCGAGGAGUGGCGGCGGGGUUACUACGAGACAAUGAUGCUCACGGCCAAAGCCGCCGAGUAUCUAGACGGCUGGGUCCGGGACGUCACGCGCAACUUUGCUUCCGCUCCUGAAUAUGUCAUUGGGCCGUCCAACCCCAGGCCCAAGCCCAUCCCGGUCGGAGCCCCCAGGGCCCCUCGCGAGGAGGACUGCGAGCCUGCAUUCCCGCCCGCCGACCGGUACUACCUCAAGAUUUUCGCUACCAAGGGCUUCAGCACCAGGCAAAAAAUUGAGGCCGCCUUCGAGUAUGCCAACUUCCUCGAGUUCAAGCAGCGACCCGGUGGUGCGGAGCCGCUACUCAACUACGCUCUCGCAGAAGCUACACAGGGCAUGGCACAAAACGAGCUUCCAUACAACCCCAAGACCUUUGCUCUAAAGGACAAGGGCCCCGCCCCCUCUCUGAAUGUCCUCGAUGCUCUUACCACGAUCGCAAAUUACAAAGCCAGAAACGGACAGGUCUCUGAGGCGCUGCCGAUCUACAUCUCGCUGCUAAAGGCCCGUCGCGCCCUGCCAAACGAGCCGCCCCGUGGCCAGCUCCGCCCCAAGCCGAGGAGGCAGACAUCCACCCUUGGCACCAUCAUCGAGCUCUUUUCCCCUCCCGAAUACCCUCCCGCGCCUCCAGACGGCACCCGGCCUCCCUGGCGCAGUCCCGAGGAGCGCUGCCACGAGGCGUCCCUGAACCUCUACAUUGGCGAGAUCCUCUACUCGACGUCGUCAAAGGAGGACGGCCUCGCCUGGACCCGCGAGGGCGUCGACAUCGCCGAGGAGGAGCUCCGCUCCCUGCCCUCGAGCGCGAGCAAGGAGGCCGCCGCCGUGAAGCAGACCUGCCGCGAGUGCCUCCAGACCGGGCUGGACAACUGGACCGUCAUGGUGGCGAAGCUCGUCAAAGAGGAGCAGCUCGACAGGGAGAAGAGACCCGCGCCGAGCGUGCUCUCUUUCUGGAGCUCUAAGCUCCCCGAGGGCGUCGAGGGCCGGUGGGAGGCGGAGCGCUCCGUUCUGAAGGAAAGGGUCAGGCGGACCACCGAGCUUGUGGAUACCACCAAGCCUAGGGACGAGGGCUUCCUCAGGUGGUUCCAAGCUUAG